CUCGUUCGCCGUUGGGUUUGGUUCGGGCUCCAUCAAGUGGUGCGCUCUGGUACGAUUCGCGCGGUUAGCCCUUAGUUUCAGGAUCGACGCUGGUACAGAACGUCCCAUUCGUGGCGUUCGGACGGAUUUCGCAUCAUUUCGAUUCGGUUAAAAAUUGUCUGCCCAGAAACGGUUGUGCGUGUGAGGUACGGUGAAAGGCCACGGGUUACCCAAAAAUGCUUGCAAAGAAAGUGAAACCGUGGGCAUGUGUGUAAAUGCUAGAAAACCCAGUUACGUGGCUGAGGUACUGUUAAUUUGUUUAUUGAAAAAUUUGUUACCCUACUUUAAAUGGGCAUUUGGCGAAUGAUUUCUAUUCAUGAAACAGGCGUGGCGUGUUCAAGAAAUUCCAGAAACUAAAACCACCUCGAGCUCGGUUAAUUGAUGAACUGUUGUGGCUAGCUUAUCUCGUGCUACGUUUGUUAAGUUUUGCGCUGCAACGAAAGGUAUGCUAGUGUGAUAAAGGUGGCCGUGUGCUUGUAUUCGAAAAUGAAGUAAAUGUGUUAUAUGUGAACCCGCAAAAAACGCGUAUAGAAGAACGCGCGAACCACAGUGCUAGAGAGUGCGUUAGUUCGGUUCGGUUUCGGUUUUCUUCUGGAAAAAUUCUUGCGUGAAGUGAAAUAAAGUAACGUAGUAUCUCUUUACGGCAUCGCGUAUCACCAUUCCUGUAUCAGUGCCAUUGGUCGUGACGGGGAAAUCGUUCACGUUAACGGUAGCGUUUAUUUUCUUUUCAUUUCAAAAGUUUGUGGUUGCGUGCUUAACCACACUUUGCGAAAAGGUGUGUGCUUAAGGCGCACGUGUAAUCCAGUGGUUGUGCUGCCAGUGUUUGUCUUUGUGAUCGGAUGUCCGUUUCUUGUUUUUUAAAUGGUUCACCCACAAACGUCUGAACCUUGUGCAUCAGGACGAUCCGUUUUUAUUCUACCCGUCAAUCUCAUCAAGAGGGUCAACCCGAUAAGCUGAAAGUGACAACGACCGCUGACUCGUUCAUUUUUUGUUACUACGCGGAAAUGGUUCAAAAAUGCAUCAAAUAAAAUUGUUUCUUAACGAAAUGCAGCGGAAUCUCAUGCCGGAAUUCAUAUCAUAAGCUGUAUAAAGAAGUUCUGUAUAGAUUUUAAAACUACGCGCAAGCAACUUCAUCAAAUAGCACCCUUGCUUGUGUCAUCAGCUUUAUCGGGAAAAGUUGAAGAAAUCUAGCCCGUGCAAAUAAAUAGGAACAGACGGAAAAAGUUUGACGACUCCUGUUUCCUCACCACACGUUCACCUUCUGCGGCAUUCUUGUAAGGUUGUUUCCAUCUUCCACCGUCGGAAGUGAGCUGUAAGUUCACAUUUUGUAAAAGUUAAUUCAAGCACACCACAAUCUGUAAGCUGCUUGCCCAUACGGUGGUCAACAAACCGCAUGACGAAGCAAAACGGUGCAAAUAGUGGCUGACGAGUUUUAGCAAUUCUACGAGCUCAACCCUAAGAACCAGCUCGGCCAGUGGCAGUGGACCGGAAGUAAACCCCGGAAACUUCGCUCCUGCGGUUGUCCCGGUUAAGGUCAAUGAAAAGAUGGCUACCCCACCGGACAGUCCGAUCGAGGAGGUGGUGUACGAGCUAGAGCCUACCCGGGCACCGAAACCAAUACCUGUCGCGCUCGAGGAUCUCUGCCGGUUGACAAAGUUCACCCGCCAGGAGAUACGGGUCAUGUAUAGAGGCUUCAAAACGGAAUGUCCCGAUGGGGUUGUGCACGAGGACAGCUUCAAGGAUAUCUAUGCGAAAUUCUUCCCACACGGAAAUUCCAGCCUUUAUGCGCACUAUGUGUUCAAAGCGUUCGAUGUCAACUGCAACGGAUCCAUUACCUUCCGGGAUCUUCUAGUCACUCUCUCUACUCUACUUCGUGGUUCCGUUUACGAGCGACUACGAUGGACAUUCCGAUUAUACGAUAUCAAUGGAGACGGUUGCAUCAGCCGAGGAGAAUUGGGAGAAAUUGUGUCGGCCGUGCACGAACUCAUGGGUCGACGACCACACCAACCAGACGAUGACCGGAAGGCCCGGGAACAGGUUGAUCGAGUAUUUGCUAAACUAGACCUGAACCAGGAUGGUAUCAUCACGAUCGAGGAAUUUCUGGAAGCAUGUCUGAAGGAUGACGUCGUCACGAAGUCACUGCAAAUGUUCGACUGUCUUUGAUGACCGUCGGCCGAAAGUGUCUACGCAGGAUUGCGCAAACCCGACCUAGAUCGGUUUGCGUUGAUCCAUCUCUAAGGCAGGCAGGAGGACCUGAUCUAAGAUGCCGGGUGCUCGAAAACAGCAGCCCCCCCGGCAAGGAUCAGUGCCCUCAGAUAAUUCCGUGUGGACGGAUUUGCUCAUAGCGUAGAGUGGUUAAGUUUGUUCGUAAAAAAAGAAAUAAAUCUAAAACCCAUCAACACACGUAGCAGGCACACGCGAGUAGGGCGUGUAAAUAAUCCAAUUCUUCCAAUGCUUGCAUUCGAUUCCAAGAAUCCUCCCAAGAUGGAGGCGAUAGACGAGGGCCCGUCCAGUUGCAUCCGGACGGUUGCCACCAUAUUGCUCCGGUCCAUAUCACGUUCCAGUACAUCUACGAAAGCAAUAACGUUUAUGUUGAUAAGAUGCUAAGAAGCGGGCGCCGAAGCUAAACUAACGAACCGUGAUCAUGCCAAGCCACAGUGCAGGUGAUCGGGAAGAUGUUAUUAAUAAACAUGUUUUUAUAUAGUUUGUAUUACCAAGUCGCUCUUGGGGGAUUUUUUCGUUCUUCUUUUGUUCCUGCACCGAUGAGAAGGAUCAGCACCGGAUUUUGUAGAAUACGAUCGUUUCACUCCCCGUUACGUUUCGGGAUGGUUACAAUAAUAACAUUAGCAUUGAGGUGGAUUGAAUAUAAGGCACACAUUUGGAAGAAAAAAAUCAAACAGGCAUACCAUCUCUCUAGUUGUAGCCACUGUCUCAAGUGUAGCAUGUAAGAAAUUUAUCAUAAACGAAUCUCAUUCUUUCAUCCUGUGGGAUGUCAAGCACAUUCACUUCAAACGUUUAAUCGCUCAGUGAGGACAGUGUGGAUAUAUAAAAAACCGCUUAGUUGACAAUAGACAAUCGUUUACAGGUAGUUUCGGUCAGUAGAGAAACCUAGGGACUUCGAAAAAAAAAUCAAACUUCAUUUACACUAUUCGUAAAAAUCAUUCAACAAACGCUGUGGAAGACCAGAAUCUCCUCAAAAAUCCCGAGCGAAGUGAACACAAAAACUAAAAAAAACUAUUUCGAGUCACUUAAAAUGACAUUUAAUUUGAUUACGUAGGCAGCUAUCAGACGUGAAAUUCCUAGUUAAAAUGAGCAACAACAACAAAAAUAAUCGAAAUGUUAGGUUUGCCCUUAUUGCAACGAAACUAGCCAUGUACAGAAUUGCACGAACGCCCAUGUUUACUAUCAAAUACUAAACCAGUAUUACCAUUCCAUUCCUAUGUUUUCUAUGUGGUGUUGCUCUGUAGACGCAAUGUGUGCUAAAACAAAAAUUGGUAUUGGAUGCCCAACCGUAGGUGUUGGGAUGUGCGGCCGAACAAAGCAUAACACUAAACAAAUUACGCAUUAAACCAUUGUAAGAAAGGUAACUAACAAAACACCAAAUACUACCAAUAAGUAACAAACCCAUAGGGAUAACCCAAGCCAGUACGAACAUAAGUAGACUAGCGCAGAACGAAUAAGGGCGUGAAACGGUGACGAUUGAAAAGGGUAAGCGCAUCAAAUAGCAAUGUGGCUGAAGAAUGGAAAUAUUUUAAAUUAAAUAGCAAUUUUAAAAUCAAUUAGCUUAAGAUGAUGAGUGAAACCGCCAUGCAAGCAGCCAAAUUGUAAAACGAUGAGCGAACAAAAGUUUUAGAAAUCUCUCAAAGCAAAUUAAUCUCGGUCUCGGUUCUCGAUUCCAUACUUGGCACGAUGUCGCCGUCGAAGCAUGUGGGUAAGGUUUUGGAAAUUUCCUAUCUGUUUGUCAGUGUCUCUUGUAUGGAUGUAUUUCCUCGGUUUUAUGCGCGUGUACCGUAUGGAAAAGCGAAACACACACGCUCAAUCCCCAUUGUGCGAACGGUGUGGCGGGAAAAUGAUAUUGCGAAGGAUGAAUUGUAUGACAGUGUUCCUUAGUGUGUAGCCGACAUACUAGACACUCUCGGGUGUAGAACAAGUGUUGCAUGCGUUUGCUCUGGCGCUUCUCUACACUAUCGUACAAGUCGUUUAGCUACUAGAAGCGGAACGUCUCUAGACAAACAACUCUAGCAUAUUAUAGGUAAAGCUGUUUUAAGGACAAAAGUCAAACAAACAUUUAAAACCACACCACAUGUCGGUAUCCUACCAGUCAGCGAUGCGAUCGUUUCGCAUCGCUAUACUGUUUAUAACAGGUAGUUGAAUGACGUUUCAACGACACACUUCACUCCUCGAUUGCUUGCCCACCGUAUGACGGUGGAUUAAUAUUUAACACGUUACAAACAAAAACUAUAAAUACAUAGAGAGCUGCAUAAGUGUCUACAGUUUAUCGAAAAACGAAACAACAAAAGAAGAAGCUACCUUUCUCCCCCCUUUUUGCAUUUGGAACAGACGCACAAGUAAACCAUACUGCACUGAGAGAGUCACUCGAUCGUUGGGUUAUUUGUUUACCGUUGAAAAUCCUCUUCAUCAUCUCAUUCAUCAUUGAUGUACACAAAAUAAGUUCAUUUAUUUACAUUCCAGAGGACUGUUUUACUAAAACGGACUGUAACGCAUACGAAUUGCAUACUUUUAGGCGAAUUGUUAUACAUCUUUGAGAGAUUGUGUUACAAAACGCCUAGCUGUAUGCAACCGGCAUGACAAAAGUAGAAUUGAUAAGAAUUUGUUGGAUAAGGCUUACAAAACUUUCCUCUGCGAUAUUUCUUUUGUGACAUUCACCCAUGCAAGAUGUUCAUUUUCUCACUUUCAAUCGCGCUUCUAUUUGGGGAAGCAUAUGAACAAAUAAACGUGGAAUUGUUCGAUCGUAAUCGCUCGGAGGAUCAAUCUUUACUACCCACCCAUUCAACUCAGAACGAAAAACCCAACACAAUCAAAACAGUCGACGAUCGCUUCAGUUGAGAAAACAUUCAUUCACACAUUUUGUAAAACGAAAAAACCAAAAAACGAAGCCAGUAUUGCCUGUAUAACCGACACCUCAAAUGAGCUCUAUUUUUCUAGCGUAAUCUGUAAACUGUUAUAAAUCGUACUGAAUUGGGUAAUGUUGGUGAGGCGUUUUCCUUAAACCCUUUACCACUUUUUUAUUCUUAAAGCGGCAUACUUUUCCAAACCCGUUUUUUUCUUUUUGAGCGAAAACCGUUGAAUGCAUAUAUUGCCCGGGCAAAUCGAAUACAACACACUACAAAAACGAAAUCAUUCUGUCAAUUACCGAACUAGCACCGUCAUCGUAAUGGUUGCUGUACUAUUCAACGAUCGUGUCACGUACUUACAUUUUAACUUGCUCACUCAAUUCACACCAUUUGCAUACGGUUGUUUUAUGGCACCCAUUUGUUAAGAAUCAUAUACAGGCUGCGCUCAGAAAGCGUGACCGCUUGCGGAGCAGAAGCAUAGAGAUAAAAUCCCGGAUACGGCGGUGAAGUCUGAACGUUCAACAAAUACCCCACUUUUGCUGUAAGUCGAAAAAAUCUGUUUUUAAAUGUACCUGUGUAUAAAGUAGCGUUUAAAGAGAUUCAUUAAGCAUGACUGCUGUGCAAACGAAUGAAAUCUGUCACCGGGAGAUUAUGCAGCAGAUGUAGAGAAAAAAGAAACAUUGGGGAUAAGAAAGGGAUCGAUUAAGGAAACGAUAACAAAAGGUACAGAAAAGAAUAUUCUCUCCCACCAAAGUAUUAGAAACUAGGGCUUCUUUCAUCUCGAUCGUUUAUCUCACCGGGAUGGCGAACCCCGAGAUGAAGGUGCAUAGUGAUGACCGAUUAACAGACGUCCGGAAAGACGAACUUAUAUAUAUAUAUAUAUAAAGUAACAAAUGAAGAUAUAUAUACAUAUACAUAGGCAGAAAAGAAAAUGAAAACAGCACUAGUAACGCGUUAAACAAUUUAACUAAUGAUCGGUAGUGUAAUUAAGAUGCAAAAUAUGAAACUAAAAAACAUUGUUGAGAUAAACGGUUCCAGCUUGUGUGGUAAGAAAAACCCCGGCAAAAAAAACAAGGAACAAAGAAGGGAAACAUACGAAGAACAGUGAACACUUUGAAACCCAAAUUUUGACACACAAUCACACACAUACACACACACAUCGUCGUCCAUUGGCUGUACAAAGUGAAAAAAGUUAAGUUACUAAAUUCCAUUUCAAGCACUACACUCUAUACCGGAUUGCUUAGCCGCGCUCGUUAAGCGGCUCUGUCCAGCGUAUAAACCACAGACACACAUCUACACACGAUUCAACUGUCCGGCCAUCCGCAUUACCGGUUAUGUUUUCUUGAUGUUUCCCUGGAAGAAAAGGAUAUAAAUUGUACAUCGUGAGCAAGGAAUCAUUCUAGCGCACCGCUGUUUAAAUAAAUGAAACUGGUUAUCAAUAAGUGUUUACGGCAAUUGAAAA